AUGAUCGGCUUCAAAGCAAAUACUCUUCUUCUGGCUUCGGCCAUUUCCCAAGGCUUGGACGUGUCUUACAAUACAACAGUCAUUGCAGGGGUAACUGUUAUCGACACUCUUCUUGUCCGAGAUGCACAGAGCUUCGCUCGUGAGCAUAUGAUCGACUCUAUUUACAAUCAUGUGAUGCGAUCAUGGCUGCUUUCUGCAACCGUCAUUAACGCAAACGAGACUCUGCGCGAUACUAUUGAUCUUGAAGUCCAUGCAAUAGCUUCAAUUCUUCACGACAUUGGAUUAGAUCCUAAUGCAAACUCCGCCAUUGUUAGCCCCGAUAGGCGCUUUGAGGUUGAUGGAGCUUUUGCUGCCACGAAGUUCGUCAAGGAGCACCAGGAUGGCCAAACUUGGGAUAGUCAACGGCUGCAGCUCCUUUGGGAUUCUGUUGCUCUGCAUUCCACGUUUACGAUUGCUGAUUACAAGGAACUCGAGGUGCAGUUCGUGAGCAAAGGAGCGGUGGAAGACUUCGUGGGGCCAUCUCUCCCAGUAACUCUGCCCGAUUGGAAAACAUUAACGGAGCAAUUCCCGCGGACAAACUUUAGCAACAAUUUCAACGAAUCCAUCAUUCAUCUCUGCAUGACUAAGCCAAACACGACAUACGACAACUGGAUGCAGCCGUUUGGAGAUCGUUAUGCGCCAGGCUAUUCUUCUAAAGGCCAUGACUUGAUUGACAGCCCUGUUUAUCCCUGA